AUGGCCCUACAAAAAGACCAUUUCCUUACCCAGCUCUUCUUUCUCAGACCUACAGAAGAGCAUCUCAAGUCUUUAGCUCUGUAUUUAAAAGCCUUUGAGGAUGAUUUUGGGACUAUCAAAGAAGGAAUAGAGUACACUCAUCAUGUUUCAAGUAUCCAUCAUAGAAUAACUCUGUAUUAUCUCAUAAAUGAGCUAUUAAACAUGAGAAUCUCACAAAAGCUAAAAGCUGAGCUUAAAAAUUUCACAAAAGAAAAGUUUCACAAGGACAUUCAGCUUUCAUUGGGAUAUGAGACUCUCAAUAAAAGGAUUCUGGAGCUUGAGAGUGUGUGGAGACACAAACGAACAAUAGGCUUUGGAGACAAAUACAAUUUAGAAGAAGUAAUAUCUAAGAUUAAGGAAUCAUUCUACGACAGGGCUAAGUUUAUAGAAGUGCUGAAAGAACUAUUAGAACAAUGCAAACAUCCAGAAAACUAG